AUGAAGUCUGGAGUGUCAUUCAUUAGUGCUUUUUGGGAAGAUCGCAAGAGAACAAUGUUUUAUAAAGUAAUUGUAUUGAGCUGGGGCUUAGCUUGUGUCUUUGCGGCUCCUCCCGUGGACGUGGUUCCUCUUGAGAAGCAACAGCCAACAGUUAUUCCGAUAGUCUCGCAAUCUGAUGAAUUGGAGCCCAACGGAACGUAUCAUUUUAGCUAUGAAACCGGAAACGGAAUUAAGCGCGAAGAAAUAGCUUACGAGAAGGUCGUACCAAAAGCUCAGGGUCGCUCCGACAGCAACGAGGGUGGGGAAAGUGACGAGAGUGAUGAGAUCCACGUGCAGCAAGGCUCCUACUCGUACACUGGUCCAGAUGGAAUAGUAUACACUGUGAGGUAUAUCGCAGAUGAAAAUGGUUUUCAGCCAAUCGGUGACCAUUUACCCCGAGUACCAGGAGUAUCAAGCUCCAGCUCUGCUGAAAAAUCGGGUCGCGCACUUAAAGAUAGCGUAGAAUCUGCUUCAUCACCACAGCAAGUUGAGACAAAAGUUGCUGCCCCAGUUCUACCAAAUGCACCUGAAAAGCCAGUGGAACAACCAGCAAGUCCUGUUGAAGUAGCAAAACCCGAAGAAGCAGAGGUUCCAAGUGAAGUUGAAGCAAAGUCUGCACCGGAAUCUGAAAGCGCACCAGCAGAAGAGCCCAUGUCAUCCACUGAAGCUGUUUCAGAAAGUUCAGCAAGUAAGCCAGCUGCUUCACCUACAACAUCGUCGGUAGAAGAUGCCCAGUCUAUCGUAGAAGAUGCCCAGUCUACCGUAGCAGAUGUAAGCACUACGGAAUCAAGUUCAGCAACCACAGAAAGUGAGGUUGUUUCUAGUACAGCCGCUGUAGAAAAGGAGACUGAGGCACCUGUUUCUUCUGCGGUAACUGAACAGGUAACAGAGGGAAGUGGAGAACAGCCUACCAGUACAGCUUCUGUGCUUGAAGAAUUAUCUACAAGCGCCCCUGAAGCGGAAACCUCUACAGCAAUAAUUAGCGACGAACAACCAAACUCAACAGAAGCAGCUAGUAGCGUUGCUCCAGAACAGCAAUCAACAACAGAAAGUGGAGUUAUAGAAUCCUCAACAGCAGAUGUUUCUACUGCAUCUGCCUAA